AGGCGUAGGGAUUUUCCUCUGGGGUGCAGGUUGCUGGGAAAUGUGUCAAAUGAAACCCUCCCCCCAGCGACCCUCUUGUCUUACGUCAUUGAAAUCAUCCAGUAUCCUAGAGACGUUUUAGGUACAUCAACAUUUCACUGCUGGGCACGACCUGCGGGACUCUACGCAGAAAAACAGAACUGUCACCAGUCCAGAUCGCAGUGCUAUUUCAAGCCAACCUGGAAACCUAUUUUAGACUCUCAGAUCUGUGUUGAAACCAUGUGGUGAACAGGGGCGAAGAUGAAGCUGAAUCCAUUAUCUCUGCUGUGUCUCUCCCUUCUUUUGUUUCAUUAUUCAAUGGCCAAGAGAGGAGGCAGCUUUGGGAAAAGCUUCGGCUUCGGCUCAAAGAAGGGCUCCACACCUAACCGAGGCAACACUAACAGCAAUACAGGCAACAAAAAUAACCAGGGUUCCAAUCUCAGAGUGGAUACCCCAGACAGCCUGGACAAACCAAUCAGGGCGGUAACCCCCCACAGUCAGGCAGACCGGGCUAUCCAGGUAGUUACCCCCGUCAGCCGGCUGGAGGCUACCCUCACCAGUACCCAGCAGGGGGCUCCCCCUAUGGAGGAGGUUAUGGAGGUGGAUAUAUUAACAGAAACCCAAACAACAAAGUCCUGAGCCCACAAUAUGGUGGUAGUUAUGGAUAUGGGGGCUAUGGUGCUCGGGGCGGCUCUCCCUUUUCCCACUCAGUUCAGUCAAUGGGCAUGUAUCCCUCUGAUAGGUCCAGAGGGUUUGGACGCAGUGCGGCAUUGGCAGCAGGUGGAGGGGUUAUGGUAGGGAUGGCUCUGGGCUACGGGCUAGGGAGGUUCCCCCGUCCUCCCUUCAACUUCCACAACUCCCAGGAGGAGCAGUACUACAACAACUACAUGUACAAGAAAUAUGGUUCCAAGUCCACUGAUACCAACGACUAUAGCAGAGACUACAAAUACAGCCAACCUCCUGAAACCUAUGAUAGCUACAUGGACUCCUGCAUGAAGAGAACAGACAUUCUGCGGGCGGAGAAUCCAAAGACAAACAACCAACCAGCUGCGACCACCUCAACCACCGUCUCUGGACCAGGGAGCAACCCAACAGAGACGAACAACACAGCAGCAGAUAACUCGUCAAACCCUGCACCUUCAACUCCACGCCCUCUUAACCUGCCUGAAGCUAAUCCUGUGCCCCCAGCAUCACAGGUUCCCAACAGCGCUGAUGAAGAGGAUACAGUCAGCAUCGUUGAGAUCGGAUACCCGGCCCUGAUGGAGCAGAUGCAGGCCAGGAGAUGCUUGGAGCUGUACUUGGUCUACUCUGAAAAGUACUUGAGGAAACAGAUCAGUGGUGUUCAGGGACUAGUGGGUUCGCCAGGGUUAGCUGUGGUCACCAGUGCCACAAUGAUGCUCCUAAGUACCAACAUGCUAAUGCUGCUGCACUGAAGCGCUAGUUUACAUUAAAGUGAGGAGAAUGUUAAAUCCAGGAAACGAUUAGGGAGAGAGAAACCUGCUACCUUUUUAUAGACUUUUUUUUGUUGAUUUCUACUUUUACUUUCUCUUUAUAUUCAGGCAUUAGAUCCCCAUGCAUGUGCUUGACCACACAGCUGGCACACAGUUGCCUGAUCUCAGAGAUCUCUGGGCUGAGAAAAGCAUAUUUGACUGUUUUGAGCUAGUAAGCAUGAUCCAAUCCUCUAUUUUUCUGCAGCUGUCACACAGCUUUCCCAUAACAGAGAGGAUUUGUUUUGUAAUACUUUAUUUCUUAAAAAAUAAAAUAAAACACAUAGACACAGCUUGGAUGCAGGGACUGUUUUUCUUAAUGCCUUGCAGAGCUAUUACAUUUUCAGCUGUUUAAAAAGAACACUGUGCCGCUUGUUAUCAGUGGCUCAAUAUUUAAUGGCUCAGAUUUGAUCGAGACAUCCGUUGCACUCUUUGAAAUGUGAUUCAAGGAAACGAGGGGAAAAGGUUAGACAUGAAAGAGAGAAAUGAAUUGCACUUCCAGUUUCCUGAUCUGCGAGAGUGAGUGGCCAUUAAUGGUACUCCUAGCUUUUGAUGGUUUAUAGGCAGAGAACUUUUACCUAUCCCUUCUUUGUUUGUGAUGUGAAACCUGGUCCUUGUGGAUGUUUUUCUUUUGUGUCAGAGGAAAAAGCAAGAGAGGGUUAGGGUUGGUAGGAUAGUUUGUACCUGUGGGGGCUUCUUGCUCUGCCAUAGUGAUGCUGCAUUGAUAAUGUGGACAUGUGCUUUUUCUGUGAGAUAUUAUUAUAUUAAUUCCAGGGAUAUUGAUGUUGGAGGACUGUGUGACUCAAGCAAAGUAUCAAUUUAUACCGGAGUUUAACUUAUUUAUUAUUCUAUUUGUCUACUUUUACAAAUACCUGUGCUUUAGGGAGGUUUUACACUAUGAGCAUGGCUGAGCAUUUGUAAUGUAUCAUAUUUACUAAUACUACUACUACUACUACUACUACUACUACUACUACUACUGCUGUAGCUUAAAACAUGAAUAGAAUUCAUCAUAUAAGUCCCAGUGAAAUACAGAAACUCACAUAAAACACUGAUUAUAAUAUUGGUCUGUCUUUCUUUCUUUGAAUGAACAGACUCUAAACACAGACCAUAGUAUGCAUGAUGUUCUCUAACAUUCCUUAAAUUGCCUACUUUGGCAUCAAUGCAAAACAAAGUGUGCUUUUCUUUCCUUUAUUAUUUAUGUAUGUUGUGUUUACCAUUUUCCAUGAGCUGUGUGUUGUAUAUGUUCUGAUAUUGUUUUAUACUCUUCUCCUUCCUCUCUUUUAUCCAAUGUGUUGCCUUCUUCUUGUGUCCCUGGCUGGGAUGUGACUGCGGAAGUGCUCUUAAACCCCUCUGAUGUAACCAUGAGCUAUUGAUUUAAUGUCCUCGAAUUACAAGAUGAGUUUAUUGUUGCUAAACCUGCAAAUCUGGAUAUGUACAGUACAGUUCAUAAGACUUAUACAAGACUUUUGUUUUCAAUAUAUAUAAAAGCUGAUUACAUAAAUAAUCAAUUAAAGGUCUUCUCUGGAGGUUUAACCGCAUCAGACCGUUUUAAAUAGAAACAUGUCCAGGUUGAAAACACAUUGAACAUCACAUGAUG